AUGUACUAUCCGAUGCUGAAGAAGUUCUUCGAUACGUUUUUCGAAGGAAAUUUCCCCGAGAAAGGGAAGGCAGUUUUCACACGUCAUUACGCCGAAGUUAAAGCUAUGGUGCCUAAAGAGAAGCUACUCGAGUAUAGAGUCACUGACGGCUGGGAGCCACUGUGUAAAUUCCUCGGCGAGUCUGUACCGACGGACUACCCCUUUCCAAACGUCAACGACAACAAGAACUUCGUGUCACGAUCGCGCUGGAGGAAUAGAUGUCAGAUGCUUAACGUUGCGGCGCAGGUUGUGGAGAUGCUGCUGAUAAUUGGUUUGGCGUGGUACUUGGUAUUCCGUAUUCAGUGGAAUAUGUUUUGA